GCGGCCGCGCGGCGCGGCGCGGCCCGCAGGAUGCCGGGCAUGGUGGUGUUCGGGCGGCGCUGGGCCAUCGGCAGCGACGACUUCGUGCUCCCGGGAGCCUUCGAGCUCUUCGUCAGGGUGGUGUGGUGGAUUGGAAUUCUUGUUCUUUACACAGUUCAUAAAGGGCAAUUUGACUGUACUGGAGGAGGCUUAUUGCACAGCUACUUGCUUGUCCUCCUAAUUCUCCUGGCUGCCAUAAUAUGUGCAUUAUCUGCUAUUGUAUGCAUCAGUAUGCGAGGAACAAUUUCUAAUCCAGGCCCAAGAAAAUCUCUUCCCAAACUCCUUUAUACACGCCUACUUCUCUAUUUGCCUGAAUUCAUCUGGGCUGUUGUAGGAGCUGUAUGGGUGUCAGAUAGCAGUGUGCACUGUGAGAAGACUGUGAUGAAUGUCGUAUUUGGGACAGUUGUUGCAAGCUGGAUUAUCAUCAUCUUCACCAUCGUUGGAGUUAUAAUAGUCUUUGAUCCACUUGGAGGGAAAAAAACGGUUUACCUCACUGAUGGUGUAAAUCGGAACCUGGAAAGCAGUCAGUCAGGGCAAUUGCUAUAUAAUGUGAAGAACACUGCUACCAGAGUCUGGGAAAAAAGAAUCAGGUUACUGUGUUGUUGUAUUGUUCAAGAUGAUGACCAUCGAGUGGCUUUUACAAGUAUUGCAGAGCUUUUCCGCACCUACUUUUCAGACACUGAUCUGGUGCCAAGUGAUAUAGCAGCUGGUUUGACUCUUCUCCAUCAAGAGCAAGACAAAAUGGAAAGUUGCCCAAAAGAACCUGAAGAAAUCUUAUGUUGUUCUCCAUCAUCUCCUGUGACUGAUGAUUUGGAUAUUGAACUGGAGAAUGCUGCUCACUACAUGCGGUUUGCUGCCGCUGCCUAUGGCUGGCCCUACUACAUAUACACCAACCCAUUUACUGCACUCUGUAAGCUCAAUGGUGAUUGUUGCGGAAAUAGACCAACAGAUUCUGAUAUAACUGGCAGUGAUCGUCAUAACUUUCACUUUGGAUCCAUCCUAAAAAUAACAGGACUGCAGUACAGAGACUUCAUUCAUAUCAGUUUUCAUAACAAGAUCUAUGAGAUUCCAUUUUUUGUUGCUUUGGAUCACAAAAAAGAAGCUAUUGUGGUUGCAGUAAGAGGAACCUUGUCUUUCGAGGACAUUCUCACUGAUCUGUCAGCAGAUUGUGAAGACUUAACACUGGAGGAUGUUCUAGAAAACGGCUUUGUACAUAAGGGAAUAACCCAAGCUGCGAAUUACAUCUAUCAAAAGAUAAUAAAUGAUGGAAUUUUAAACCAGGCUUUCACAAUUGCUCCGGAAUAUAAACUUGUGAUAGUUGGUCACAGUUUAGGUGGUGGAACAGCUUCCAUACUGGCCAUCAUGCUCAGGAACUCUUUCCCAACAUUAAAAUGCUAUGCCUUUUCUCCUCCAGGAGGGCUUUUAAGCAAAUCACUUGCAGAUUACACUAAGCACUUCAUUGUUUCAAUUAUUGUCGGAAAGGACCUUGUUGCAAGGCUAAGUAUGCCCAACAUGGAAGAUUUAAAGAGGAGAAUAGUGAGAAUCGUGGCAAACUGUAACAGACCUAAGUACCAGAUUCUACUGCGUGGGUGUUGGUAUGAAGUAUUUGGAGGAGAUCCAGAUAAUUUCCCAACUGAGCUGGAUGGUAGAAACCAAGAUGACCUAACCCAGCCUCUUUUAGCAGAAGAGAGUUUAAUGGUUCAUCGGUCACCUUCAUACAACGCCCUCGAGGAUGAAUCACGCUUAAAUUCACCACCUCAGUAUCCUCAUCUGUAUCUUCCUGGAAAGAUUAUCCAUAUUGUAGAAGAAUGCAGCUCUAAGAGGCAACUUCUCUCUGGCCUCCCUGCUUCUUUAUGCGUCAUUUCAAGUCCUUGAAAACUGCUUCGGUAUAUGUGUGUAAUCAUUUAUUUGCCGUAUGCUGCAUGUGUUAAUAUGGUAUCAUUGAACAGUACACUGCUAAGUUCAGGUUUAGCAUGCUGCAGUUCCUGUAUGUGAUCUUGCAGUUUUAGAUCCCACUAGUAGUGGGGUGAUAAUGAAACACUUGUUUACUCGGUAGUCAUAAGCAUACCAGCGAUGAUAAAGAUAGAUAGGCAAAAUUUUGCUUAUACUUGCUGAGCCAGAGUGGAGAGGUCCAGUUAUCCCAAUAUCCAGCUUAACUAUGCAGAUUGAAGUCUCUUGUCCUUUUCUUGCUUCUAUUUAGUGGAAGCAAGACAAUUGAGACAAAGAGAACAGAAA